CCUGCCCCCUCCCCAACCGCCGCAUUCCAGUCCCGAGCAGCAGAUGAGGUCAUCUCGUCCGGUUCCCCUCGGGCCAAGGCAGCCCGCUGUCCCCUUCCCCCGCGGAGCGACUUUUCCACAUUCGAACCUCCUGCCCCCCAGAAGGAAUGUUUUGUGGCUGAAGGCUUUCCCGGACUUCCAACCCCAACUGCCCUCGAGAUGGUCUGCCCUUGCCCCAACCAUUUCAAGACCUGCGACGCCUGAAGCCCAUUUUCUAGACCGGGACACUGAGGCUCAGCGAGGCCAAGGAACUGACCUGGAGGCCACCGCGGCACGAAACGCGGUGCGGGCACUGUAACCCAAGUCUGUGGGAGACUGGCCCGUAGCCGCUCUGCCUCGCCCAGUGAGGAGCGGACUUGGCUCUAACUAACUUGGGAUGGUGGGGCUAGAAGCGUCCAGCCCCUCUUCCUCCCACCUCCCCUGGGGUCCAUAGUGUACCCUCCUCCUAACCUGCUCCCAGUUUCUCAGUCUCUCCACCUGAAGCAGCUGCCCUUGGAAGAGCAUGAGAAGCCAGCCCCCAGGGAGUUAACCCCUAUUCCAGGGGCCAGAGCAGCCCUAACCAAGAUAGGGUCCCGCUGUCUAUCCGUAGGAGUGGUGUUACCCAGGGGACCCUUGCGGGAGGGGGCUGUGUGCACGCGAGUGGCCUCCAGGAUAAGAGGUGGCGCCCCUCGAGGACACCAGGGCCUCGCGGGUGAUCCCCAGGUCUCUACCCUGGUCAGGAGACGGGCUGUCCAUGUUUGAGGCACAUCUUGUGCCUUCUCUGUUCUUGGACGGACCAUCUAUAGCUGCUUCCACGAGUCCAGGAGCCAGGCCUCAGGGAGAGACAAGCCAUGGACCCGCCACAGCCUCAGUGUUUGGGGGCAGCACCUUAGGAGAACAGAGAGACAGCCUCUGUCCACCGCCUUACAGUGGGAAGGAAGGAGCUGAGAAGUGGACCCUGAUCCUAGCCCACCACCCACGCCAGGCCCUAAGUGGGCAUGCACCAGCAGCUGUGAACAGCUAGAGCUGAUGCCAGGCCCCCAGGGGGCCAGAGGAGUCCCCGCCAUGAACCUGGGCAAGCUCUCGCCUGUGGGCUGGGUAUCCAGCUCCCAGGGGAAAAGGCGGCUGACUGCAGACAUGAUCAGCCCCCCACUUGGGGACUUCCGCCACACUAUGCACGUGGGCCGCGGUGGGGAUGUCUUUGGUGACACCUCCUUCCUCAGCAACCACCACGGCAGCUCUGGGGGCACCCACCGCUCGCCCCGCAGCUUCCUGGCCAAGAAGCUACAGCAGGUGCGCAGAGUGGGGGUGCCAUCCCGGAGGAUAGCUUCCCCACAGGCUUCCUCGCCUGCUCCACCCGCCAUCUCCCCCAUCAUCAAGAACGCCAUCUCCCUGCCCCAGCUCAACCAGGCCACCUACGACAGCCUUGUGGUGAGCAAGUUCAGCUUCGACAGCAGCCCUGCCGGCUCCACGGACGGCCACUCCAGUUAUGGCCUGGACUCCGGGUUCUGCACCAUAUCCCGCUUGUCUCGCCCAGAAAAGACUCGUGACCGAGACCGUGACAGUUCCUUCCCCUCUGAGCCUGAGCUCCGCCGCUCUGACUCCCUUCUGUCCUUCCGCCUGGACCUUGACCUUGGGCCCUCUCUCCUCAGCGAGCUGCUGGGGGUCAUGAGCCUCUCAGAAACCUCUGCAGCUGAGACCCCAGCCCCAGCCUCUGCUGCAACCCCCCCAGCCUCAGCCCCUGCCACAAACCCCCCAGCCCCUGCCACAAAUCCCCCAGCCCAUGCCUCAAGCCCUCCACCCCGUGGACACUACCCCAAUGGGGUAACCACUGGGUUGGGCCCAAUGGCUGAAGCGAGGGUCAGCCCGAUGGGAGAGUGUCCCCGCCCACCUGCUGACAUGGUCCCUGGCAGGCACUGGGGAGCAGGCUGGGGCACCCGCCACUACACUGAAAUGGAUGCCCGGCGGGAGCUGGUGGAGGUGCUACCCCAAGCUCGGGCCUCUUGGGAGAGCCUGGACGAAGAGUGGGGGUCACCCCAGGCAGGCAGCAGGGCCCCUGUGCCCCGCGCAGUGCAAGCAAACACUUUUGAGUUUGCCGAUGCUGAGGAGGACGACGAGGUCAAGGUGUGAAUGGCUGAGCAUGGGCUCAGGACCCGGCCCAGCCUCAGGCCGCUGCCCAUGAAGAGCCCAAAUGCAGAGCCAGCCCCUCACCUGACAGCUGGGUCCCGCCAACGACAGAUGGGAGAACCUAAGUUGCCCCCAAACCCUUCCACUCUGCAGGACAGACCUGGGAGGGAGGCUAGGCUUGUUCUGGGACCUGGAUGUUCCGAGGGCCCUGCCAGGCUGACCUGCCUCCCCCCACUGCCACUCCAGACCCAAUGGCCACUUCUUCAGCCCCGCCCCCACUGGCUGCAGGGCCCAGCCUCACAGUGCUGCCUUUGUGCUAGGGAAGCUGACCUUUCUGGCUGGGGGGUAGGAAGCAUACCACACAGGGCCUUUGUCUCCUCCCAAAGGGACGGCCUGCCCCAGCUCAUCCUGGAGCUGCCCCCAGCAGGUUCCCGCUGCAUCCCUGAGCCCCAGCCCUUGCUACGGCGGCUUCCCCAACAUUCCCACCCCAACCCCUCUCGUCCCAGAAGCCUCAGAGAAGAAUCAGGUGUGACCUCCCCCCCAACUUCCUGUGCACCCCAGACCUGCCUCUGGGUCCUGAUUAAAAAAGGCUUUUUUGAUAAAA